UUGCGUGCACUGCUGAUGGCUACGUGCCAAAAUAGACGUCCAGCAAGCGAUGUUGUGGUUGUGAAUGGGGACUUGCCUCUUCAUUCUCUCUGUUUGUGUUUUCCGAUCCCGUCGAGGAUUGAAUCGCGGAGAAGCAGGUUGAGUCUGCAGACCAGACUGCAGCAACAAAUGAAUGAAGCGACAAUGGUGUCAGUGUCAAUGGCAUCGCGGCGGACGCGACAUUCCGGCGAAUUAUCGAAGCUCCAGUGGCUGGCUGUGGGAGUUGUGGCAUUUUUGAGCAUAGUAAAUCUUUCGUGUGGGUAUUUCUACUCGGAAAACCCGGAACCCGGCUCGGAUCGAUUUUGUUUCUGCCAGUUGCAGGGCACCAUCGACGAUUGCAGCUGCAACGUGGACACCGUAGACUACUACAACAACGUGAAAAUCUACCCGCGGUUGCGCAGCAUUCUCGUCAAAGACUUCUUCCGCUACUACAAGGUGAACCUGGCGAAGGAAUGUCCGUUCUGGGUCGACGACAGCAAGUGCGCGAUGCGCUUCUGUCACGUAGAGCACUGCGAGGAAAAAGACAUUCCGCCGGGGUUGAAAGGGGACGUUUCGUCGUAUCAGAAGUACAUCAAGGAGGUGCAAACGUUGACCAACUGCAACGAAGAUCUGGAUGUGGAGCUGGGCUUCCUGAACACGAGCAUUAGCGAUAAGGCACAUAAAGAGUUUAAGAAGUGGGCGGAUUAUGACGAGGCACAGGACAACUUUUGUAUACUGGACGAUCACGAACCGGGCGCCGAGUACGUUGACUUGCUACUGAAUCCCGAACGUUACACCGGAUAUCGGGGAGAAUCUGCACGAAGGAUAUGGAGUAGCAUCUAUCUGGAGAAUUGCUUCCAAUCCCACUCGGUUCGCCGAAAGAAUCCGUAUUCUGCCAUGAUCCCGUACAAUGAUAUGAUCCAGAACGAGGUCUGCCUGGAACAUCGUGUCUUCUACCGGAUGGUCUCGGGACUUCACUCGAGUAUCAAUAUCCAUCUCUGCGCGAACUACCUCUUGUCGGAGAAAUCUUCCAUGGGCUUUGUCUCCCCAACGGGAGUGUGGGGAACGAAUCUGGACGAGUUUGAGCGAAGAUUUAGCCCACACACGACGGACAACGAAGGAUCGCACUGGCUGAGGAACCUUUACUUCGCCUAUCUGGUAGAACUGAGAGCGCUGGCCAAGGUUGCUCCGUACCUUAGCAGUGAGGAGUACUUCACGGGUCAAGACAAGGAGGACAAGGAGCUCAAGUUUGCUGUUAAAGAUCUUCUCAGCGUAAUCGAAACCUUCCCUUCACACUUCAACGAGUCGGUCAUGUUUAGCGGUGGAACUUCUUCCAUAAAGCUGAAGAAUGAAUUCCGCGAAAAGUUUAUGAACAUUUCCAAAAUCAUGGACUGCGUUGGAUGCGAUAAAUGCCGACUUUGGGGAAAAUUACAGGUCCAAGGAAUGGGUACUGCUUUGAAGAUCCUGUUCUCGGGCAAGUUUGACGAUAAGAUCGAUUCGAGCUACGCAGCCAAAUUAAAAGAGGACAGUAUGUUCAGGUUAAAGCGAUCGGAAAUUGUUGCACUUUUCAAUGCAUUUGGAAGACUAUCAACAAGUAUUCAUGAGUUAGAGGAAUUCCGCCAGCGGAUGCGAUAAACCAGCCCCGCAACCAUAGUCAAUUAUUUUCUUUCAAACAGACUGGCAGUGAACUGAAAUCAGUGAUACAGGUGCUUGUGAGGCACGCUAAAUUGGCUAAACAUAACCGGUGACUUUCAUUCUGCCGAAGGUUUAGCGUGCAAUUCCUAGCAUUAAAAUCUAAGUACUUGUAGAUUGUAUGUGUUGGUACUUUCAAUAGGGAUCUUGAGUGUAAUUUAUGUGAAGACAAUGAUAUUUAUAGUUUUGUAAAUAAAUGAUUUAUUUUUAUCAUGUUA